GAAAGCCUGAAGAAAAAUGUGAAGUUAGUGAUGCAUCUAGCUGUUAGAUAUGCCAUUGCAUACCAGAUGGGAGCCCUGGAUUGUCUACUCCAACAGGGUCAACGAGAGGAAAUGAAUGGAGAGAGAGAUCACCGCACAGAGAGCCCAGACUACACUCUAGUGAUCCAUGGUGGUGCUGGAGAGGUGAUGAUGCUGAACACCGAAGUAAUUGAGGUUAUUGAGUUUGCUCUGCAAACAGCCUUAACCCUUGGAUCCCAAGUGCUUCAACAAGGUGGAAGGAGUCUGGAUGCAGUUCAGAGGUCAGUAGAAGCUCUGGAGGACUGCUUCCUAUUCAAUUCAGGUAAAGGCUCAGUAUUCAACAAAGAUGGCAAAAAUGAAAUGGAAGCAACCAUUGUAGAUGGCAAUGCAAUGAGGUCUGGGUCUGUUGCUUGUGUGCAAAGUGUAAAGAACCCAAUAAAAGCUGCCAGAUGUGUCAUGGAGAAAAGCUCACAUUCACUCAUUGUGGGAGAUGGGGCUGAGGAAUUUCUACAAGGGUUGGAGGAGAAAGAGAAACCUGUUGGGCCUGAGUAUUUCUAUACUGAUAUACGUCACAGAGAGUUAGCUGCAAAUCUCAGUGGUGGAAAUGCCUCAAAAAACAAUCAUCCUCAGACAGUUGGAGCUGUGGCCUUGGAUCGUUGGCAUAGGUUAGCUGCUGCAUCCUCCACAGGUGGUUUAGUAGGAAAGCUGAAAGGGCGAGUUGGGGAUACAGCAGUAGUAGGGGCAGGAAUAUAUGCUGAUGACAAGGUAGCCAUUACCUGCUCUGGAGACGGAGAUGUAUUUCUGAGGCAAACAGUUGCACAGAAAAUAGCCAGUCUCUACCACCACAAAGGCUAUAGCCUUAGGCAGGCAUGUAGAGAAGUGAUGGCUGAAAAUCUGAAUGGGAUCUGUGCAGGAAUCAUUGCUGUGGACACUAAAGGUGAUGCCAUCAUUGAAGCAAAUGCUACUGUGAUGUUUGUGGUCUCAAUGAUAAGUGGCAUUUCACGAGUAGAGGUCCUGAGGCCACUGAAGAGCUUCUCUGAUGUGAUCUGGGAAACAGAUGAGCUGGUUGCCUACCUUGAUCCCAACCCCUGGAUACCUGGGUCAACCAUUCUGACUAAAAAACUCCAACAGUGGAGAGUGUGGGAAGACAGUGGACAUGUUGCCUUCCUGACACCAUACCCAAACACUCCUGGACUAACUGUUGUGGUGCCACGCAAACCCCUGUCCAGUGACAUCUUCAAACUAGAGGACGCUGACUACAAAGCACUGAUCUUAGCCACUUAUAAAGUAGCCCGACUACUGGAAGAGGGGAUGAGAGCUCGAGGCGUUGCACUGAUCUUUGAGGGCUUUCAGAUUGACUAUGCUCAUGCCAAGCUGAUCCCUGUGUUACCUUCACCAGGUGGCACUAAUCCUGCUGAACUGCAAUCAGAGUGCUUCCAAAGUUACCCUGGAUAUGUGUCAUCACUGAAUGGCCCAGAAGCUGACCCUGAGGCCCUCAAAAAGAUCCACUCAAAAAUUACUGAGUGCAGGCCUCCUCAUUCAUGGGAAGACCCUCAGUCUCACUCCACACUUGCCAUCAAGAGCCAGUGGUAUCGCAACCUUUUCCAGAUUCAAAAUACUCUUUUCCACAGCACAGUCGAAUAUUUCCACGGUUCCUGUCAGUACUCUUAUGUCCUAACCCCUCUCACCACAGACACCAUCUCCUCACCAAUGGGUCUAGGAUCUGACUCAGAACCAGUUUCUGUUAACCUGCUGGGCCAGGACAUCUACCUGGCUGACUCAAUGCAAUUUGUGCUUGAAUACUUCCUUCGCUUCCAGGAGAAUCUGCCAGGGACGUACUACAUUUCUCCCAGCUUUAGAGGGGAAGACCCUGAUUCCACGCACUUGAACCAGUUUUACCAUGUGGAGUGCGAACUGUUGGGUGACAUGGACAAGGCCAUGUCAAUAGCAGAGGGAUUCCUGGCUCACCUUACCAAGGCUAUGCUGAAGAAACACUCUGAUAUGAUCCUCAACACUGCCGGGACCCUUACACAUGUCACAGCCAUGCUGAGUAAGCUGGAUGGAAAAACCGCACUGCCAAGAGUCCCUCUAGACCAGGCCAUUCCAAUGAUGCCCUCUGCUGACUGCCUAGAGUGGGUCCAAGAUGGCCAGGCCCAGUUUGGCAGAAAGCUAACACGCAAAGGAGAGCAGGUCUUGAUAAAAAAAUAUGGUGGUGCUGUUUGGCUGACUGAAAUGGACCAUCUAGGAGUUCCCUUCUACCAGGCAUAUGUGGAGGGCACUGGGCAGAGUAAAGCCAAAGCUGCUGACCUUCUCCUGGGGCUGGGUGAGACUUUGGGUCUUGGUGAACGUCAUUCCACCCCUGAGAUGGUACAAGAGGCCCUCAGACACCAUGCCGUGCCAGAGCAGUCCUACAAGUGGUAUAUUACAGUUUUUCUCAAAUGCUAA